AAAGACACCUCCUAUUUCAGCAUUUAGCUGUCAGUCUGCAGUCAGUAGAAUCACAGCAUCAUUGGACACCUAGGCAAAAGAAGCACAGACAGACACCUUCUCUGCAACCCCAAGGGGGGAAAACCCUAUAAAUUCAGCUGGAAAGACAGUGAGAAAGAAGAGACAUAACACUUAUCUGCUUUGAUAUCUGGAGUUCUAGGAACAUUGCUCCAAAAUGUUGGGAUAAUGUAAGAGUUCAUUCCAGUUCAAUCCUGCAAAACUGUUACUCAAUUAAGCUGCAACAACACUAUCACAUUAUAUCAAACAUUGGAAGUACAAUGGAUGGUACUGCCCUAAUAGUGGUGAUGUAAAUUAUGGAAGAACAACAAUCAGCACCUGUGGACUACAGACAAUUAUGAGACUGGAAUUACAUCUUGGAUACCUAGAGCAUGCUAUUUCUUUAGCAAUAAAUUCCAGGGACUAAAGACAGGCACAUUCAGUAACACUGGAGAGGUAUCUAUGACUUCCUCUGCAAACAUAUCACACAUAUUUGAAGAAUGGAUGGGAACAACACAUCUGAUGGAAUAUUUUCUCUUAGGAUUCAGAUGGCUAUUUCUGGCAUCAGUUGCAGGUGUUCUCUGGGUCCUUUUCUAUGUCUAUCUCUCUGCUUUUGUGGUUUUGAUCUACGAGAAGACCCUUAGAUUAAAGGGAAAAUAUGAUGCCGUAUGUUAUAUAAUUCUGGCAUACCUCUGGGACAUCUUUGGAAGAAUAUGGCAUGGUUAUGAACUACAUGGCAUAGAAAAUAUACCAAAUGGACCAGGACUCAUAAUUUAUUACCAUGCAGCAAUUCCCUUGGACUAUAUCUUAUUUAUAGCAAAGUUAUAUCUUUUGGAGAAGAAAAUGUGUUAUUCAGUGGUUGAUCGCUUUGCCUUUAAAAUGCCAGGCCUGAAGAAUAUGUACGAGAUCUUGAAAAUGACAACUGGUACAAAGGAUGAAUGUCUUUGUACUCUGAAGGAAGGUCACUUGUUGGCUAUUUCACCAGGAGGAAUGCGAGAAGCCCUCUUCAGUGAUGAAACCUAUACAAUGAUAUGGGGCAAACGAAAAGGUUUUGCACAGAUUGCUCUAGAUGCAAAAGUGCCCAUAAUUCCUAUGUUUACACAGAAUGUUCGUGAAGGGUACAGGACCAGUGGAAAAAUAGGAGUAUUGCGAAAACUAUAUGAAUCUCUUCGAGUGCCAUUUGUUUUUAUAUAUGGUGGGUGGCCAGUUAAAUGGCGUACAUAUAUAGGAGAGCCUAUUCCAUACGACCCAAAUAUAACUGUUGAAGAGCUAGCCAAAAAGACAAAGAUUGCUCUGCAGUACUUAAUAGACAAACAUCAAAGGAAGCCGGGAUGCAUAAUAAGAGCUCUGCUGGAAAGAUUUUAUAAUCCUAACCAUGCAAAAGAUGUCUGAUUACCUUGAAUAAACUAUGUGGCAAGGUCUGCUUCAUUAUUUAAAUACUAAACCAAUUUUUACUGCCUUGCUGUAGAAGUGGGAAGAAGUACAUUAGUGUUCUUGAGCCACAGCACACCCUCUCCCAAAUUAAUCUGGAUCUUUAAAAGACUUCAAGCAAGAUAUACAAUAUUCUCUUUAUUUUUAAAACCUUUUGAACUUCUGCCGCUUCGAGUUUAUGCUGUUCUGAAGCCGCUGGAGGCUCUGGGAGGAUCCAGGAGCAACUGUACCCUGCACUAUAUUGAAAUCAAACGCCUUAAUAAAUUUAUUAAAUUAUAUUCUUGUGUAAUUUGUAUUGAUUGUAUUCUGUAUCAAUUCCUAAAUGUAUACAGUGGUAUCAAAUAUGUUGUGAAGGCAUCGGUUUCUCCGAUGCCCCCUAUUUUAAUAAGCUUCUAGGAAAAGAGAUUUCUCAGCCAUUAAGAGGUCCCUCCAGAAAUCUCACAAACUAGGUAAUAUCAGUUUCUUUGUGUAUAUAUGUGAGAGAUUAUUCCUUUAUCAUCAGGGUAGUACAUAUACAGUGAAGACAUCUGCCUUUGCGCUAUGCUACUUUGCUGCUGAGUAUGCAUGCCCAGUGUGGAACACAUCUCACCACGCUAAAACAGUGGAUGUGGCUCUUAAUGAGACAUGCCGCAUUAUCACGGAGUAUCUGCACCCUAUACCACUGGAGAAAAUACACUGUUUGGCUGGUAUUGCACCACCUCACAUCUGCCGGGAAGUAGCAACCAAUAAAUAGUGAAAGGACCAAGGCAGUGACAUCUCCAGCCCACCCCCCUGUUUGGGUAUCAGCCAGCACACCAAUGCCUUAAAUCAAGAAAUAGUUUUCUAAUAUCUACAGAGACGCUUGCUGGAACACCUCAGCAAGCGAGAGUCCAAAAGUGGCAGGCUAAAACCCAGAACCUCAAUCAAUGGCUGAUACCAAAUGAGAGACUCCCUCCUGGGCACACAGAAAACUGGACAACUUGGAAGGCGCUGAACACUGCGCUCUGGCACCAUGAGAUGUGCAGAGCCAACCUUAAGAAAUGGGGCUACAAAGUGGAAUCCACGACAUGCGAGUGUGGAGAAGAGCAAACCACAGACCACCUACUGCAAUGCAACCUGAGCCCUGUCACAUGCACAAUGGAGGACCUUCUUGCAGCAACAAUAGAGGCACUCCGUGGCCAGCUACUGGUCAAAGGACAUUUAGUCAACUACCAAGUUUGCAAACUUUGUGUUUUGUUUGUUUGUUUGUUUGUUUUUAAUGCAAUACAACUGUUUGGUUUGCUCCUGACACGAUAAAUAAAUAAAUA